CGAAAUACGUUUUGUGACGUCAUCGAAACGUCAGGGACCAUAUGAUCGAAGAAAAUCAAAACAAAGUUUAAUUUAAUCAUCAUGCCUUUAGGCCACAAUGAUAUUACAAAUGAUAUUGAAUUUAAAGAAUGCACCCCACCAUGCAAGAGUAUUCCACCUUGUGGAUUCUGUGGAGCUCCUCUUCCCAAAGAAGAGAGUGAUAAACAAGAACUCGUGGCUAAAAGGGAUGAAAAAUAUGUAAGAAAGCAGCGGCAAUAUAUUGACAGCUUAGUACCUAAAUGUUCCUAUGAGUGGACGCAGGAGGAUGUUGAGAAUUGGAUUGUUGAACUAGGAUUCCCACAAUAUAAGAAUGUGAUGACUGAGAAUUUUAUUACUGGCAAAAAAUUGAUUCUUUUAGAUGCAAACAAUUUGUGUAAAAUGGGCAUUAAAGAUUUCAAACAUAUAAAGAAAAUCACAGAAUCCGUCCGAAAUCUGCUAGGCAUAAAACUAACUCAUUUCACUCGUAGCGUAGCAGCACCUCAUCGCGAACCUCUGGCUCUUUAUCUUGAACAAAAAUGCUUAACAGGAAAGAAAACUGAUGCAUUAACAUAUAGUAAAUUUUUAAAUGACUAUAAUCUUCAUUAUGAUGAUGAUUGAUAUAUAAACUAUAUUUCAAAAUUGCUUUAAAUUUGACCAACUUAACAUUUUAUAGUAGUAAAGAUGUGAAAAAAAAAAAAUUAUUCCUAUACUUUAUUUAUAUUGGUCAUGAAAACAAUGCAAAAAUAAAUUCACUUUUAG